AUGGCCAGGAAACGCAACGGCGGUUCGCACCAAGGGACGGACGGCGCCCACAAUACUUACCCCAAGACUGCGAUGACUACCCAUGUUCAACAUAAGGCAAAAGAAGGACUCCAACACCAAGACAAAGCAACACAGCAAGAACGCGGCCGUAACGGUGCACGUGGAUACGGUGGCAGGCGUGGACAUGGCGAUCGGCGGAGCAGGUCGCCAGGGCGAGACAUCCAACGCGAACAACAAGCCAAGCACCGAGAUAACAGACGCUCGCGUACCCCACCCCCAGCCAAAGAGAUCCGCGAUAGGCCAAUCAAGGUUCAAGAACUCCGCGCAAGUGCGACUACCGACGUCGUUGCACAGGUUUCCCGGAAGCGCAAACAAGAGGCAACUGAAGAUGAUGGACUGCAUGCGAAGAAGAAAGCGCAUAUCGGACCUGGAGAAAUGAAACCGACUAUAGUCGCUCACGGAAAGGAACAUACACGCGCACCAGCGGUGGAGAAAAGUGUCGAUGCAAACAAGAAGGUCCCUAGCCUACUUGACCUAAAGAACAUGACCGAGGAUGACAGGAAGAAGCUCCGUGAUGACAAGUUCAAACAGAAACCUGUUGUUCCUAGCAGACCUACUGUAUUGGAGACAGUCUCUCAUGAGCGAAAGAGCCCUAAGACGAGACACGGUGUCAAAGACGGUUGCAAGAUCACAGCACUCGAAGCGGAGCCGGAGGCAAAGGCCCUUACUCCACGGACCCCAAGUCAAAACACCAAAGCCAGCUCGCUAAAGCAGUCCGAUGCUAGCACCAAGACCGCGGCCACGAUGCGGCCCGAUACAUCCGUCACCAAGGGCGCCGCCUCAACCCCCAAGUCACGGCAACCGAGCGCGGGGGAGGGAUUACACAAGAUGGAAGACGCAAAGGCAGGCGAAAGCAGGGAAGAUGGCGCGAAGCCAAAGCCUAGUUCUACUCCAAGCCAAACAGUCACGCCGCCGGCUGAGCACAGGAAGCGGAAGCUUGUGGAGUUAGAGAAUCCCGAGGUAGCUUCGCGCAAAAAGGCCAAAGCAAGCCACGAGGCUAUAAAGAGAAGAAAUGCUAAGAUCAAGAAGUCUCUGGAUGAUCACCACUUGUACGCCGGUCAGGAUCGCUUCCCAGAGGAAGGAGUUACCUUUUUCGACUACGAUGUUUACAGCAUACCCCUCCUAUGCUCUCAUACGAUUGAACAUCAGUACCCAUUCGAGCCUAUGGAUGAGCCUUCGGACAGGCUGAAACGAUCCUUCACUGAUGACAACGAGGUUCAUGUUUUUGGUCGUAAGAUGCUUGUUCUGCGGCAGGAAGCGCUUCGCCUUUCCAAGAAGAAGUUUUGGACAUCCGACGACCUUGGCCGCAAAGAUGCCUCGAAAGUCGAGCCCACUAGGGAUAUUGGCGACUGUGAUCUCUAUCUUUACAAUGGGAAGGUUCACGUCGCUACAGAGCGAGGACUUCUUCUAGCAGCAGAGUACCUCAAGCUCAUCGGGGUUCCAGACACGCAGCCAGUGCGUUUCCACGGGUACAAACCCGCUUGGAUGAGCCAAGUCACGCCCAAGCCGGAACACAGACGUGUCUUGGAAUCAUGGCAUCCUAGUGCAACCUUGAAAGAAGGCGGUUGCAUCUCGAUCACGCACAGCUCUACCGUAGUAGUAUACGAGCACGGCGUUUUCGACAUCGACCACAACACCGGCGCGGAGACCCGAAUGGCCUACGGUGCGCGAGAGGAUGAUGGCGUUGUUGGUUGGUUCGACUAUUCGAAAACAUGUCGCAUAGACUGGCUCAAAGACCCAGAAGAGACAACUACAACCACACACGACCCUACCAUCAUUGACUGGUCAACAUUUGACUAUAGUCCUCUCGCAGCUCGAGCUACAGCUCAACAAGCGGCGCAGCAGAGUGGCAGCGACGUCGUUGGCGACGAUGAUGUAUCUCAAGGAACUAUCGAUCCCACGUUACCGCGACAAGUCACAGACCUCAGCUCUGUCGUGACGCAAGAGACGGCGAUAGACCCGUCCUUGAGUUCCCAAAAGACCUCAACAGGUCUUGACGAAUCCGAAGAACACCAAGUAUCUUCACAUGAGCCUACAGUACCGGUUACUAAAGCAGUGCGACCGUGCAAGACUCCGUCUACAAUAUCUCAACGCUACGAUGUUGAGGUAGAUUGGGACGAUACCGACAUCCACGAGGAUGAUGAAGCUCAAAACCAAAGCCCAGAUCACAACAAAGAGGACGAAGAGCUUUGA